UACAUCGGAGUGGACUAAGCCAUAUCAUGAUGUUUUUGGUCUUCCUAUUCUGCAUCCACAUCUAUGCGUGCUGUGGCGAUGCCUAUGCACAGGAAACCAAUUAUCUGAUUCAUUCGCCCAACGAUAGACCACAUCACAGGCGCAAACACAACAUGCAUAGACCCCCGUAUAAGGGCUACGAUUGGUACUCUCAUUAUAAAAUGGAUACUAGGCCCGACUUGCCCAAGACUACCCCGCCCCAUGACCAUACACAUGGAACGACGAAGGGGCCCUUGACUGAUCAGGAAAAGCUAAAGCAACUGCAAGAAAUGGAGACCAAGGCCAGGCUCCUAAAGGUUCACGAGUGGAAAUCGCAUCUUGAAACAGCGCCGAUGCCGGGCCCAGAGAAAACUAAGGAGAUUCUUUCCACGAUCGAUGGUAUGGCAAAGAAUAUUCUAGAAGUGCGACAAAUCCCAAUCCGAAGGUCAAAACAUCACCGGCGCAGGCAUCACUGAUUGAUCUGAAAUGCAAAAUGCAUGCCAAAUUUCAAAUUCUGUAACCCAUAAAUAGUUGCUUCAAAACAGAAGCUACUCGUAUUUAAAA